ACUCUGCAGGAGGAGUAACGAAUGAGUCAGUUUGGAGGUGGAAGUCGUGUGUCAUUUAGUGAUGUAAACAUGGCGGAGAAGAUGGGUAAACCACCCACUGCGGUGGGCAUGAAACCUGUCCCGAUGAGGUUGUUCGCGACCCUCGAUGUGGACAGAACACCGCCCAACUGCAUUUCUAGGUUGUGCUCGCUGACGCUGUCUCGUCUGGUCGUGAUGAAGCCUCUGGGCUCGGAUCUCGCCUCCAUCCUCAUCGCCGUCAAGAUGCAGGGAUCCAAGAGGACUCUGCGGUCCAACGAGAUCCUGCUGCCCCCCAACGGUCUGCUGGACACUGAGCUGGAGCUGAACUUCUGCCUUCAGUACCCGCACUUCCUGAAGAGGGACGGCAACAAGCUGCACGUGACGCUGCAGCGCAGGAAGCGCUACAAGAACAGGACCAUCCUCGGCUACAAGACGCUAGCAGAGGGCGUCGUCAACAUGUCGCAGGUCCUCCAGCGGCAGAUGGACCUCGAGCUGGACCUGUUCACGGACUGCAAGGACAAGGGCCUCAGCCUGACCAGCAACGUGGUGGCCCGGGUGACCGUCGUCGCGCUCAACAGCCAGCCGGUCGACCACGGGGACGUCUCCAAGCACCUGGCCCUGGGCGAGGGCGCAGAUCGUGUGGCAGACUUCACGGACGAGGAGGAAGAGUUCAGCAGCAACGACGAAGGUGAAGUGGAAGGGUCCGACUCGGAGCCGAUGAUGGGGGAGGACCCCCUGGGUCGGAGGUCCCACAAGCCGCCUCGGGCCAAAAGACCCGCCAAUGUGAGGCAAAGAAACCUGAAACAGAAAUUCAUUGCCCUUCUCAAGAGGUUUCGCGUGAGCGAGGACCUUCAGGGUUUGGACAACGACCAAGAGGAGAUUGGUCAGAAGCUAACUGGUGACGAUAUGGACCCCACAGAGAUUGAAAAUCUUUUUCAAGAACUCGAGGACCUGAGUGACUCAGGGCAAGAAAUGGACACAAUGAGCAUAUCGUCCACUCCGAAGCCUUCGCUGCGGCCGUUUUUCUCGUCCAGCCGCUCACUUCUGCAGGAAUCCCUCAAUGUUCCUGGCGGCCCGCAAGGCUACGCGCGUGUCUACCCUGAGGCCCGUCACCAGCUGCCAGAGAAGAACCACGAGCGGCUGAGUGACGAGAGCUCGAAGAAGGGCGACUCGGACUCCCACCCGGAGAACUGGACGGAUCACGAGCACAGCGACCCGCAGCCUGCGUCGUCCCCUCCCAAGAGCGCGGAGGAGAAGAGCAAGGAGGGCGGGGAGAGGGAGCGCAGGAGCCGCCUGUUUGCCCGCGACCGCACCACGUCGGGCCUGAAGCUGAAGAAGCAGGCCGAGAAGACGCUGAGUCUGGACACGAAGCCGGUGUCCGGGCAGCCGAGCCCCGUGCAGGGCGACGCCAUCCUGGCGGAGCCCCGCAAGGUGGUGCUGGAGCAGCUCGCGAGGGUGCUGCCCCCUGACGACUCCAUCCCGGAGCACCUGACGCUAGUGAACUGCGGGGAUCCCCAGGGCUCAUUGCUCGCUGCCAAGCUGCAGGAGAAGCAGCACAAGGUGGUCGGCGCGCUGGGGCCCGCGGAUGUGCGGGCUGUCUUCACCUGCCUCGUCGCCAAGAUACACAAGUUCUGCAACAGCAAUGCGAAGCCCCCGCCCGCCAUCAAGGUGCUGCUGGCCGGCUCUGAUGGCUUCGUGAACUGCGUGCUGCGGCAGUACGUUGAACACCUGUCGUUCCGGCCGCCCGACUGGCAGAACUACCUCAAGUUCCUCGUCGUGCCUCUAGGUUCGAGCAACUGCUUGGCGCGCUACCUGGCGAGCGUGGACGGCGUGUACGGGGCGGCGUUCUCUGUGGACGCGUGGAAGGAGCUGCUGGAGCGUGCGGAGACGCAGAAGACGGACUGCCAGGAGAUGAUGAACCGCGUCCACCGGUACCUGCAUGGUGCGGGAGCCACCCUGCAGCUGCCCAUCGCAGAGGCCAUGAUCACGUACAGGGAGAAGAGCUCUGAUGACGAGUCUUCUCAAGUGUUCGUGCCAUUUAUCUGUGAGGUGCGGCUGGGCUCGCCGGAGACACCGGCGUCUGCCUCCGUGGACAUGGACGAGGGGAAGGAGGGCGCGAUGCCCGCGCUGAGCGGGUCUCCCCCGUCGCUGGGGGGCGGAGGGGCGUCUGAGAAGAAGGACCGCGUCACCCCGCCCAGCUCCCCCAACGUGAACAGCGCCUACGCCAGCUCCGUCAUCAAGGAGCAGUCCCUGAGCGAGCCCUUGGAACUGCAGCUGGACUACUGGCAGGGCCCCGGCCGCCCGCCCCUCGAGAAGAGCUCCAAGCUGGACUCGGCCAAGUCGACGGUGAAGAACAGCUUCCGCUCGCUGCAGGUGCAGAGGCUGGCGUUGCCGGGGGAGCAGCCGUCCCAGUACUUUGUCAUCAGCUACUCCACCAAGGAGAAGAAGCAGAAGAUCAUGAGGCUGGGCAAGAAGAAAGAGAAGGAGCGCGAGUCUGAACCAAAGAGUCUGAUGGUGGACACCGUGUCAAGACUGAUCUGUUCUGCAAAAACUCACAACAUUCCUCUAAAGGUGUGCAUCGAUGGCACGGAGUGGUCGGGAGUGAAGUUCUUCCAGCUGUCCGCCCAGUGGCAGACGCAGAUAAAGCACUUUCCUGUGUCCCUGUUCAGCUUCCCGGAAACGGGUCUGUAGCCGUCAAUGCCGCGCGCACGCUUUGUUUCCGUGUGAAAAGACCUGGAGACGUGUUUGCGCGCACACGCGCCACGUUUCUCGGCAGCGACCAAACCCAUCUGAUACUCAUCAUUCAACGUUUAUAAGGUUUAUCUUGUGAUGUGUUUGUAGCAAAACUAGUGUGUGUGUUGGUUGUUUUGUGGUGAUUUUGAAAAUACCUUUUCAUGAAUUAUUUCUACCUUGUGAUAAAUCAAAUCUAAAAAUAGUUAGUUGUCAAAAAUAGAAUGGUUAUUGCACAAUUAUUGUUAAUGUCCCUUGUAAAUAUGUGGUCAAGCGCUUGUAAUUCUGUUAGACUAGAUAUUCUAAUUAGUUACGGUAUGCCAUUAUGUAAAUGCUAAUUGAUUUAAGCUAGUCUUAACUUCAUAAAAGUCUGAGGGAACGUAGAGACUCAGAAAAGACCAAAGUUUAAAAAAAACCUGGUGCCUGUUUUGGAAGGCAUCUAAUUAAAUUAGCCUAUAUUUUCUUUGUAGCACAAAACAAGAGGUUGUGAAAACAAAAACUUUCUUUGCUUGACAGAAAGAAAAUACGUAACCAUGAAUAUUAAAUACUUUUUGUAAGCUUUGUAUCUACAAAUAUGUAUAAGUAGAGAAUAUGUAUGUCUCUAUCUCUCCAAUAACAAAAAAAGUUUAGUUCCUUUGCAUAAGUUUGUAUUUUUGCAUCAAAAUUAUGAGAAUUUUUGAAGUUAAUAACAUACUGUAAAAGCAUGCUAAAAACACAUAUUAAUAUUAGUUAUGUUAGUUUUUUUUUUGGUUUUAAACAGAAUUUAAUUAUGUAUUUUUUAAUAUUGUUUCCUAAUUGCACAAAUUUAAUACCUAGUUAACUAAUGGGUGUGAUCCUUCUAUGUUUUAAACUUUGAAAUAUUGAAACACUUCACAUGGAAGAAGAUCCUUAGUUAUUCACAUGUUCCGACACUGAAGUUAAAGUGGCAGUAAGUCCAGUAUUGAAUUUUAUAUUUCAUUGUGUACAGCUACAAACAUGAUACUCUCUCUUUCAAGGUCAAAUAUGUAAUUUUGUUAGGCCAAGGGUGAACAAUAUCUUGACACAGUUGAAAAAUGGCAAUAGAGAGAGAGAGAGAGAGGUUGAAUACAUGUCAGUUUAAAUUUUGUGUGAACUACAGUAUAAAUUCUCUGUAAUUUUAACCAUGUUUGAUUCGCACAUCCUUACAGGAUUUUAUUUGGUUAGGUUAAUAAAAAAUUGUUGUGUCAAUGUAAUAUUUGGAUGCAUUCAAACAUGACUUACACUUUUAUUUUGUGCUAUGUAUAUGUUGUGCUUGACCAGCAAGUAUGACCUACCUGUGAAGAGAAGCGUAUCUGUUCCUAUGUAAGUACCUAGGUUAUUGCUUAUGUUUAUUUGUACAUCUUUACCUUGAAGGUAAAGAACAAACACCAUGGCACUACAAAAUUGUAAUUUUUCGCGAGAGAAAUAGGGUUCGGCCAUAUUUUUAGGUUUCUUUGCUAGUACAUAAUAUGAAUUCUUUAUGAAACUUGAAGGCAUUAUUUAAUAAAUUAAAAUACUAUUUUCAAGUAGUUUGAUGUAUUAGUUGUGUCAAAUUUCAUAAUAAAAAUUGGUGUUCACCUUGGGGAUACAUUCUGUACUGUUUAGUCUUGUCAAAAACUUGAAAUAGGUAAGCUAUACAUUGAAACAUGAUUCACAAGAAUAAAAAUUACUUAAAUCAUACCUUUUAGUGUGAAAAAUAGGAAAUUGCAUAGAAAUUUCUGCAACAAUUAUUACUAAUACAAUUUUCACACUCAUUGGGUUUUCCUGUUGCUUUUGCAUGAAAGGUCCUGAUUAUGUUUUUACUAAGGAAAUAAAACUGUAUACAUUUAAGUUUUUCCCAAAUUAACUUUAAAAUAGAAAGGAAUUUCUAAAAUUGACUGGAUUGCUGGUAAUCAUUUCUUAAUUACUGUAAAUAUAACAACAUUGACUAAAUAAUUUUAAAAUAGCAAUUAUAAUUUUAAAAAAUUAAAUAAGCAUAUGUAAUUUUACAGCAGUUUUGAAACUGAGCUUUAUUUUAUUGUACUUGUUACAUAUUGUAACAAAAAAAUAAUUAUUAACAGUUAACAACUGGAAUUUACAUUUUUAUUUUGCAAUUUUUACAAAUUCAUACAUUAAUAAUUUGUUUUAGACUGAUGUUACAGUAAGCAUUUCUGCCGCUGCUGAAUAUUAUUUCAACCACUUUCCUUAGAGUGCACAUACAGGUCUCUUAAAAAUUCAUGAAGUAGAUUUAUCAAAAUCAGACUUGUAAACAAAUGAUCUAUAAGUGUAAAUAGAUUGGAAACUGGCAACUUUUUUGGUUCAACCUCAUAGUGUGACACUGGCCUUAAGAAUGAAAGUUUUUUCUUAAACUGGAUUUUCUUCAUAUACUUUUUUUUUUCUACAUAAAAUCUAUUCAUAGUUUAUAUUUAUAUACAAACCAUGUAAUGCAUAACUUGUAAUCUUACAUACCUGUUAUAAUUAUUGCUGCAUAGCUUGUAAUUGGUUUUAGAUUGCCAGUAUAGGUAAUUAUUUUGUGUUUAUCCAAUGCUGUUAGAAAUUGUAGCAAUUUUAUUUUACUUGGCUGCUAUAAUUUAACAUAGGGUACAUAUCUUUAGCACCACCAUGUGCUAUGUAAUUUGUGCAUAAAUAUUUACUAAAAACUUGCAAUAAAGAUAUUGGGAGCAUUGUGAUUUCAGAAUUAGUAAGGUAAAUAUGUAUAGUGUUUUAUUGAAGUUUGUCUAGAUGUGUGAGUAUUCUCAUUGAAUAGUUAAAACAAUUUGGAAAAAGAUUCAAUAAAAUACACUGUUUUUCAGAUAAAAACUUUGCAGAAAAUGUGCUACGAGAAUGAAAGGAAAAUAUUUCUGAUUUACCAGCGGUAGCUAGUGCAUAGGUGUGCUUUUUUAUAUAAAAACAAACUUUGUACAUAUAAAAUACAUGUUAUAGAAACUUUUCUGUUUUUUUUUUUGUAGCAUCUCUGGCAUGUGUUAACGAUAUCUGUUUAGUAGCUUUAGCCUUAAACCAAACCGGUAGCUGGCUGCAUUCUUGCUGAGCCACGGUGUUUUAAUCAGCAAUUCAUACUGUAGCUUUAGUACAGUGCAUGACAUUGCAUGGAAUUCUAACUGGCAGAUGCAUUGGUAAUUAAAAUAUUUUAGUGAAACACUCUGUAAGAGUGAAUCAAAGUAAAACCUUCUCGAGGAACAGCUCACAGAUUCACUGGUUACCUUGAAUUAAAGUACUACAGUGGACAUCUACUUGCUUUCCUAACAUUAAAGAUAUGAAUACAGUAAAACCUCUAUUAACCAAAAUCCUUUGAACCUAAAUAGUGUUUGUCUGAAACAACGGACACCAAGAAAAAAAAUAGAAAGACUAAAAAAUAACUUAAUACAUUGUCUGUCUAGUCAAUGCCCUUUCAGAUCAUAGAUGCAGUGAGUGACGAAGGGGUUUGCUGCCAUCCAUGAUGUACACGUAGUGUUGAUUAGAAAAGCAGUGCAUGCACGUGUGGAGUUUGACCUUGAAGAGAAGGGAUUGUUCCACUAGCUGCCAUUUUAUUUUUGUGCACCUGUCACCAGUCAGUUUUGUCGCUGCCAUUGGCCAGCAUCGUCUUAUCUGGAUAAUAGACACAUCGCUUGUGUUAAAUGUUUAACUUCAUUUAGUAUUGUUUGUUUUGUGACAUUUAUGGAAUCUAAUUCAUUAUCCAAAAUUUUGGUUAUCCGAAAUCACCUCCGCCCUCUUGGUUUCCGUUACGAGAGGUUCUACUGUACCUGAUCGUUUUUUCUCUAACCAAGCUUUGAUUUCUUGAGACACAUUUUCACUCAAAACGUAAGGCAGGAGCAUGAAGUGAGAGUUAGUAUGGGCUUGUGUAGUUUGAAAGAAACUAGUGAACCUCCGUCGCCCUUUGCUGUUAAGACCCGACGCUGCAGUACUGAUGCUCUAGUGUUGAAAGUAGUACUCCGUGCUGAACUGGAACUAAAUGAAAGCCAUCUUGUAGGUGAUCAUAAACCACCUUGAACCAACUUCACUUAGGAAUAAUAACUCUUUUUGCAUUGGUUAGUAGUAUGUUUUUAUUGCAUGUGGGGCAUGAAAAUAUUUUCAAAAAUUGACAUGAGAUUUAGUAUCUGCUGUGAUGAUAUACGUAUACUUAAACGUCUAAAGUAAUAAAUCCUUUAAAAUGAGGUAUGGUACUAUGAAGAUGUUCCAUACUAUUGCAUAAAAACGUGUUUAUUACAUUUUUGUUUAUAGAAAAUAAUCUUGAGUAAAAUUUUACAUACAGUAUAUUAAAAGAGAAACAUAUGUUACUAAAUAUUUCAUUUAUGCUUGUAAGUACAUCCCUGUAUGAGCUGUGGUGUUUUAGGUGUGUUGUAUGCUAAUUUUAUCGUGAAUAACUUAUCACUCUUUUUUUCUGUGUGUGUAGGAAGGAUUCUUCCUUUAAAUUUAAUCCCACACUGUACAUUAUGUAUUUAAAGUUUGUACAUUUACAUCAUUUGCAUAUGUGUGAUGUAAAAAUAUUGUUGAACUGUUGGUGUGUAGCAAUGACAACUUUAAAAUUUAUGAAUAGACGUUAUUCGUGAGUUCUCUUUAAGUUGCCUAUUUUCUCAGUGGUGUUUACCAAGGGUAGUUGGAAAUAUUUUUGCCUAUCUGCAAAGGAUCCCAUAUUUAAAAUUUUAUAAUAAGUAGAGCAAUUAUUUGGCCAGUCAUUCAUAAUUGCAAUUGAGGCCCUUACAAGUGCUUUUGAGACUAUUCACAACACCAUAAUGCUGAAAAUAUGUAUAAAAAAAGUUUUAAAUUAAUCUGUGCAUUAAUUUGACUUUUUUUUUAGUUAUACUAUUACUUGUAGAAAACCUUUUUGUGGGACUAUAAUUAACUAUGGAACAAUCUAAUUGUAAAAUGUAGUAAUAAUAGAAUAGAUAUACUUGGUUCAAUUUGGUUGCAAAUUAAGAUUCAAGUGGCAAAAUUUGUAUGGUCACAUUUGUCACACUAUUUUCAAAUGAUUUAAUGUAAAAAAAUGUUUUCAUGAAAUUGGUAUGUAGGUAAUUUCUUCAAAUUUACAAAUUGUAUGUUUUUUUCUUCUAAUUUUACGAUUGAAAGUUUCUGUAUAAUUGUAAAAUAUGUAUUUACAGAAUAUAUUUUUUGUUCAAAAGCUUGAGAAAUUCAAAAUAGUGUAGUGGUAGUUAUAUUAUCUCUUGUGCCAUUCACUAAAUUACUGGUUAGUAUUCCUUCAAUUGGACUGAAUUAACAAAAUUAUGAUUGAAAUUUGAAUAAAAUGUUGUUAAUAUGACAUACCAUAGUACAGGUACAUAAUUAUGAUUCCCUACACUUAACUGACAUUUUAUUUUAAUUGGCUUUUAAGUACUGGACCUCGUGUUUCAUUAUAUUUUAGUUUGAAACCAAAAUAUUUAAGCAUCAAACACAAAAUCUACAUUACUGCACUCUGGACUGAGCAUGUUUUUCAUUGUACAAAGUCAUUUUCGAGUGUUUCUAUUGACUACUAAAAGUGGAAAUGCCUGGCUCAAUGUAAAAGCAAUUUAUACAAGACCUGUAAAUUUUUAACAUUCCAGUUGUAUUAUUGGGAAUGAAUGAUGCAGUGUUGAGUUUUUUUGUAUCAUGAACUAUGUAUAAUUUGUGUAUAUUAGUAUAAAAUACAUCAGUAUUGAAUGUUAAAGUAUGUAGUACUAUCUUGUAUAUCUCGUGGUAUUCAUUCUCUUCUUGUUGCCGUAUACUUUGUAACUAGGUGUCUCACAUUUAAUCUUUUAUCUGCAUCUACCUGUCUUGUCAAGCUACAUUUAUCUCAUUCUGUAUUUAUGUACUGAGUGUUCACCUCCUUGGUAUAGUCCCAUGUUCAGAUAUUUGUGCCAAAAGUGCAUAUCUGUCUUCCUAAAUACUAUUGGAAAAAAUUUACUUUGCGUGAAAAUCUUUUUCAUAAUGUACUCUUGCCUUAUCCCAGAUUAUGUACAGUAUGUAGUUAUUUGAAAACAUUUUUGUUUUAAUGUAGCACAUCAGAUUAUUCCCAACCUUCCUCUUCCCCUUUUCCACUUCAUACAAUCUUGUUUUGUUGUGAAUAAACAAUAAUAGUUUAAA